AUGGUGUAUUACACUUACGCGAAACAAAUUCUCGGGCAGAAACAUCACGAGCGUAGUAUCGCAUAUGCUCAAGCCUUGACUCUAGCUGCACUAUACAGCAACCAAAAUGGCAUGCUAGGAGACAGCUGGGCUCACCUACAUCAAUCUCACUGCAUCUACACAGAUAACGCAGAGAGAGCAUUUGCUGAAAAUCAAGUCUCAUCUACUAAAGAUAGCACCAACUCUCUCCCCGUAGAAGCAAUGAGAAGUUUUUGGCUUUUCCAGCGCCUGUUAGGUGGCAUUGACAACUGCCUCAAUGUGGUCUCCUUUCCUCUGCAUUCUAGGUACUGGAAUGCGCUAUUACUGGAAUGGAAUAUAAAUGACCUUCCAGAGAUAGUUUUCUGGACGAAAGUCUUAUUGCGCUCACUACUCGAAGCUGUACAGACAUCACUGUCACCAGGCUUCGCCUCGAUCGAGACAUUUGAUGAAGAAAGCCUCCAGAGUUUGGUGGACCUUGCGAGGAGACAGACUCAACAGCUCGAGAAUUGGAGGGCGCAAUUGUUGCCGAAACUAGUAUGGGAUGAUGCAGAGCCCCCAUCGACUAAUGCCAUCAUGGCUUCUCUACGAGCAGAGUACCACAAGGGUAUGGCUGAGCUGUUGAGACCGUACCUGAGCAUUCUUGAACAUCCUGAGUUUAACGCUCCUAGAGAGCUAACCAAAUUCCAGCAAGGGACUCUCCAACUUGUCAUCGAUUGGGAGCAGCACGCUGUAUCGAAUAUCAUUUCCUUUGACCGUAUUGGCGCAGAUCCCAACAGCGUGUAUGAGAUUUGUAGAAGCACAAGUAGCAUUCGGGUAGCGUUAAGCAAUCCUGUGGACACACUUCACUCAGAGUUCAAAACGGUCCUCCUCCUUCGUGCUAUACGCUCAUCCAAGAUCUAUCCACUUAUUAGCAACCAGUUGAAACUCUCGGAAGCGGCGAUGAACAUACUUUACUCCCGCACGAUAGAAAGAUUGUCCGAUUUUAGGCCAGUUGUUCCACUUUUGACUCAGGAUCUCCAAAUUUUGGGUAUAUCUUGGCGGCAAGAAGACUCCGUUCGUCACUUAGAGCUAGCUACUAUCCUAGCUCGCUCAAGUAGUCCAACAUCACAUAUCGCUUGUUAG